AUGGCUCCAAAUAUCCGAGAGUUUACCUCGGAUGGAUUUGAGGCUCUCAAGUUGGUAGCUCGUCUAUCAUGGAGACGCAAUCUGAAAGCUUGGAUUCAAGUUCCUUUUGGCGUUGUUUUGAUUCUAUUAGCAUGCUUCGGUGUCAAUGCUCUCAUAGGACUCAGUUCUGUCUCAUUUCCUGCAUCGGUGGCAUGCUUGAUUUUACUAUUUUUUAUCCUAAACAUUAUCGAUCUUCUCAUUGGACAUCAAAAGACGAGAGCUUUGGUAUCAGUCAUUGAUAUUCCAUCAGGAUGGGCUCUCCGUUAUAUCAAUGUCUUCUUCACCCCCUCGUGGGAUGAGAUUCUGAAGGUUUAUAGUUUCGUCCUGUUGCCACUGAGUGAUAGUAUAACUGCUGCGGAAGUAGGCAAAAUCAUUGGGGUAUUCCUCAUCGGGUUUUUGGUCAUGUUCGCUGUCACUGCUUGGCUAGUACGCGGUCUUCAGAUCUUACUAGGUUCAAGCAAGCGUGCUAUUAUAGAGAGGGCCGAAGAAAUGGGUGCCGAGAAUGAUGCCAUUCCUCUAGCAGUAUCAAGUAAUACAAAUUUCCCAUCGACCGAUAGUGUCAGUCCUAUACAAGAACAGGAACCGGCUGUGGUCAGAGACUCUAGGGACCCAAGAGAUUCUCCGGAAACAGAAAGUCCACCCCCAGAACCUGUUUCUAAUACCAUCGCGGUCGAACAAGAGCCGUUACCCCUCACACGAGCUCAGAUUUGGGCGGCGUUUAUUAAUAGAAAUUUGGACAUACUCACUUACAGUGUCAUAUUUCUUUUCAUAGGGAUCCCAGUUUACUAUGCUACCGGCUAUGCAAUGCCAGUACAACUUACAUUCAAUGUCCUAGCAUAUUUCGCAGCACAAUCCCUCCCAGUUCGAUGGAAGCAAUUCUUACAUCCUGUACUAUUGUCAUCUGGCAUUACUAUAAUUGGUAUAUGGAUUUUAGGACUUAUCAGAGGUAAUAACCUGAAUGAAGUUUUGGGUGCUUACAGAACCAAUACUAAAUAUAUUGCCUACUGGGAUGGAGAAAGAAACCUCCCUCUACCUGGAGCUGGUGAUAUCUUCGUACUUGACGCCUCCAUUGUCUCCCUUGCUCUCCCUAUGUUCCAAUACCGCCAUGAACUAAAAACUCACUUCGUCCCCAUUACAAUUCCAAGUGUUGUUCUAGCCAUCGCUUCACUUUUCGGUUACCCACCUCUGUGUUAUUCUAUUGGCAUAUCUCCUCCAAUUUCUCUUUCCUUUUCCGUGCGUUCUCUAACGCUUGCGCUCGCUACCCCCGCUGCCAGUAACCUCGGUGGAAACACCAACGCCGCCGCUGCCCUUGCCAUAAUGUCUGGUAUCUUCGGCGUCCUAAUCGGUCAUCGUCUUCUUUCCCUCCUUAAAAUCCGCGCUGAUGAUUACAUAACCAUCGGUGUUGCCAUGGGUGGAAACGCUAGUGCAAUAGCCACUGCAUUACUACUGGCUAGUGAUCCCAGAGCAGCGGCAUUGAGUAGUUUGAGCAUGAGUCUUUUCGGUAUCGUGACAUUGGCGCUGACUUCUGUGCCGCCGGUGGUAGAGAUUAUUAGAGGGUGGAUGGAUGUAAGAGUGAAGAGGAAUCAAGUUGGUCUUAGAUCACCGGGAGCUGGUGUUGAUGUACAGAGUAAGAAGAUACAGACAAUGAAACCACGUAGGAUUCAUUUAUUUACGUACACACAUCAGCAUGGCAAGGUCAGACAAUACAUCUUGAUACCACCGGGAGAUCUCGAUGUCCGAAGUCCACGGUUUCCAACUCCACCACAGGUCCACCACACCCCACCACAGAGCACAUUUUGA